AUGUCUGCGCUGUAUGUCAACAAUAUCACGCCGGUCAUCCAGUCGGACACCGACACACCGCGCUCGGAGAUUGAAGACGAAAUCGAGCAGCACUUCAAGGCUAUCAUAACGCUAAAGCGCCUUCUCAACGCAAAGGUCGCAAUCUCCCGCCUCCCAAGCGAGUUGUUGGCAGAGAUCUUCGUGUGCCUUGCGCGAGACCCCCACAGCCGCCCCGAGAUGGCGCGAGGCGCCUACAUCUCCGCAAUAUAUGGCACCAGCCUUCAGUGGAUCAGGACUUCUCAGGUCUGCCAUGCUUGGAGGGAAGUUGCCCUCACUACCCCUCGCUUGUGGAGCUUCAUCUCGGUCACCAGACGAGACGUUCUCGAAGCGUUCCUUGCGCGGUCGAAGCAGGCCCCUCUCUCUAUCUGCAUCGACAACCUCUCGUUCUAUGAAAGCUGCAAAGUACUCGGGGAGUUACUACCGCCAGAGUUGUAUCGCCUGCGCGAGCUACGAUUCAGUGGACCUGUUCGGAUCGUUCAUGACAUAUGCGCAAAUCUGACGCAGCCGGCUCAUCUCCUACACACGCUAAGACUUGUGAUUCCGGACACGGAGUAUUCGUCGCCGUCUGGCCCUUCACUUUUACAAGACGACCUCUUUUGUGGCCAAGUACCUCGCCUUCGAAUUCUCGAGAUUCGCCAAAUCACAAUCAAUUGGGACCAUCCCAUCUUCAGCAAGACACUCACUAGCUUGGUCGUUAUCCGAGGCAGUCAUGGCGGCGAUUUCGAACAGCUACUGUCUGCACUGGAACAGAUGACAUACCUAGAGAACCUCAGACUUGAUGAUGCGAUUCCACCCGCUCCCAGCCACACGACGUCUCUACCUGCGCCCUCUCGUACUGUCGCGCUCCCAAGCUUGCGUCACAUUCGCCUCAAAGGGUUCGCAGUCGACUCUGCGAACCUCCUUCGCCAUCUUUCUCCAGCAAUCGAUCCUGAGUUGGAUAUCGUCACCAGUCCCGGUCAAGCCGUGGUGCAGGACCUCGUCGAUACGCUGAAAUCGCAGCUCACCCAGAUGAAACCGCUCAGAACGGUACGCCUCGCUCAGGCGUACGGCCCAAAGCUAGCUCUCUACGCUUGGCGCAAGGACAUCAACUUCACCAAAUCAGACUCAGACAGAUACCUGUCCGACUUCGACUUGGGAAUUCCUUUGCGCCUCGAAUUAUCUUCUCCAACUUUAUCCGAGGGCACACAGAGGCUCUUCUCAGAUUCGUCGUUAUGGCGCAGCGUUCGGUACUUGCAGGUGGAGACGGACUUUGAUCAGAGCUGGGUAUGGCGAGACAUCAUCUCUGGGAUGCCUGGUUUACGCGUCCUUGGCGUCCUCUACGGCGUCGAGAAGUCUUUGCUCGACGCCCUCUCUGCUGUACAUCCCGCGGAGAAGAGUCGCGCCCCAUCGGUCGUGCUGCCACACCUCGAAGUCUUGAGUUUCUCGGAUACUCGCCUAGCAAACCUCUCGGAAUACAUGGUAGAGGAGCGAUUUUUCGACGGGCUCAUCGAUUGCUUGAUCCUCAGAUGCAACUACGGCAUCCCUGUGCAGGAGGUGCAAUUGACGGACUGCCGGAAUAUCACCGUCGAGGAUGUCGCCAGACUGCGGGAGAUCGUCCCGCAAGUCGUAUGGGAUGGGGUCGUGAUAAUGGAAGAGUCUGAAGAUGACGAAGACGAAGACGACGACUACGACGACACAGAAGAAGAAGACUACGAUGACCCGGAAUACGACGAAGACUAUGGGCUUGACUGGGAUGACGGGUGGUCCUAA